UUAUAUGCACCUUCUCCCCCUUUCUUUGUUCCUUCCGUCCAUUAUUCUCUUCAUCCUUCUGGGUUUUGCACAGAAAUUAAUAAGAGGGGUUCAUCUUUUUUCCUUUCCCCCUCUCUCGUUUUUCACCCAUUACGACCCUAUUUCAAUUUAUUUCUCCUUAAUUCCAAUACCCACAAUUGAAUUCUGCAAAUUUUGAAAACGCCCAAAUUUGCGUCGGUCCCUCGUCGAAGACGAUGAUUUUCGCUGAUGGGGUUGGGAAUUUGUUGUAAUCGGACGGCUGCGGGAGGAAGGUGGAGAGGUAUAGAGGCGAAACAGAAGGUCUUUUGGGCGUUUAAAUGGACUGCCGGGUAUGCGUUGCGGGUGGGGAUUUAUGGGUCAAGCUAAGCGGAAUCGGGGGUAUGGGUCAGAUGGGUGGUUUUAGCCAUGAAAGCGAGCAUGAUUUGGCUCUUAUGGUCAGCGAUUUCCUUGAAAAUGGGAGCGGUGGGGCUGAGUCUCGGUGUAGCAGCGAUAGCGAUUCUGGUGUCUCUGAUCUUGCUCAUCUUGCCGACAAGAUUCUGUUCUAUAAAAAUCCAGUAUCCCAAUACGAAAGCGAUUUACUUUCAGUGGUUCAUUCACUGACCUUGUCGAUGAACGAGAAGGCCCUGAACGUUAACAAGUCGGGUCCCUGCAAUGCCAGUUGCUUCCGGUUUGCUUUAGUCAAGCUAUUGAGGCUCUCUGGUUAUGAUGCUGCUGUGUGCACAACCAGAUGGCAGGGCGCUGGCAAGGUUCCUGGAGGAGACUACGAGUACAUCGAUGUCGUUAACUACACCAGUGGAAGCUCAGAGCGACUGAUAGUCGAUAUCGACUUCCGAAGCCACUUUGAAAUAGCGAGGGCAGUCGAAUCAUACGAUAGGAUAUUGGAUUCGCUUCCUGUAAUCUACGUUGGUUCGUUAUCGAGACUUAAGCAGUUCCUUCAAAUCAUGGUUGAAGCUGGGAAGUCAUCGCUUAAGCUAAACUCGAUGCCACUCCCUCCAUGGAGAUCUCUUGCAUACUUGCAAGCGAAAUGGCAGUCACCAUGCCAGAGAAUGGUUCAUCAUCCAGAAGAACAGCAGCAGCAGUUGAUGUUAAGCCACAAGCAGUGCAUGGGACAUUUGAAGAGACUUCAAUCAGUACUCCAAUCAGAAAUCGAAAUGGAUCGGUUUCUGAGGCCGAUGACCGGUGAUAACAUUAGGAAAAUAAAGACCGAAAGGCGACGACACUUGAGAUGUAGAAAUGAGAGGGAGAAGUUUUGGAUUUGAUUUGAUACACCAGCAUCAGACAGAGGGAGGUACUACAUAAGUUGUGAUGGAUGGGAAUUCAAUUUACAAACAACCAACCAUGGAGGAACCACUGCUUGGUUUGGCUGUUUUUUCUAAUAUAUAUAUAUAUAUAUAUAUAUAUAUAUAUAUCUAUUUAUACAAUAGAAUUAGAAAGAAAUUUUUAUUUCCUUUUACAAUUUUCUCUCGGUGCCUGAUGUUUUUGUGGGCGUUGGGAACUCUUCAUUUUUAUCUCAUAUGAUUGUAUUUUAAUUUUUUAUUUUUUAUUUUUUAUUUAUCCAUUAUGCUCUCAAGUGGGAAAUUUAUGUUCUUAAUUAUUGACAUUUAUUAUUA